CAUACACAAAAUCACAUGAGUCUGCUUUGGCGAACAGCUCAACAUCACUUGGCAGUUAUCUUGGAUCUAAACGCUUUAUCUCGUUCAGCUGAAAUGGGCUUUGGUUUGGCAGUUGUCACUUUGCUCAUCGCUCUGAUGCAAGGUGUCUCUUGUCAAACUUGGGAGAUCAUGCUGCCCAAAACCAUCUUGGUCAUCAGUGACUCCUGUGUCACAAUCCCAUGCCGUUUCAUGAUCCCAAGCAAUGAGGAGGCAAACAUUGUCAACUGCUCCGAGGGUGGUGUUUGGAUGAAAGGAACACAGUUCGGUCCGCGGGUCAUAAUUGCACACAUUCCUAAAUUGAACCUAAUACAAGGGAAACUAACAGGGGACAUCAAACAGAAGAACUGCACUACAAUCUUCAACAACUUCCGAAAGGACAACAACGACGAGUACUUCUUCAGGCUUGAGUGUUCAAACCACUUAAAGUACAGUUUCGGUAAUGGAGUCACAAUUAGUGCCCAACCAGAUCUCCCCCCCUCCAUGUUGUCCUCUGUGGGUCAGGUGUCAGAGGGAGCCCAGGUCAGACUGCAGUGUUCAGUCACGGUGCCCUGCCACAGCAUGCCCCCUUCCAUCACCUGGCUGCCCGAAGACAACUCUAGUCAAAAGACUACACAAAUGCAGAGUUUAAACGAUGGACAGAUGAUCAUGAUGUCCACGCUGACCUUUAGUGCUGAAGCGCACCACAACAACCAGAGCUUCUCCUGUUCUGUGACCUACCCGCUGACAACAGGGGGCAGCAGCCACUCGUCUGCAGAAUCUCAGAGACUCAGCAUCCUGUAUGGUCCUCAAGACACCACGGCAACCAUCAGCUACUCUGUCCCUGUCGAUGAGGGCCAAACUGUGACACUCACAUGCUUCAGUCAGGCCAACCCCCCUGUAAGCCUCUACACCUGGUACAGAGACGACUAUGGAAAGCUGACUAAGAUUGGUAAAGGAGAAAAGCUGGUCCUGCAGGUCAGCCAGAUGGACAGCGGGUUGUAUCUGUGUGAGGCUCAAAGCCAGAAGGCCUCUCAGAGGUCCAGACCUGUAUCUCUGGAGGUCAAAACCACCACAGGCAGGAUUCAGGGUGUUGUUUUUCCCUACACUAUAUGUGGCGUGUUGCUGCUCCUCUGCAUCAUGACUGUUGUUGUAGACGUGUACAAAUAUCAAGGUAUAUCCCGGAGGCUGAAGAUGAUCGAAGUGAAGGGAGAACACACCAACACUAAUCUGAGGACCUGCAGUGUCAACUCUGACUAUGAGCAACUCCAGCCUAAAACGAUGACCCCUCCUGACGCUUCCAUCUAUCAGAACACCAUCGCUCUGCAAGCCACUUUCAACAAUACUCCUCUGUCAAAGUAAACGUGAGGGAAUGCAGUGGAAGAGGGCAAAAAUGCAACAGCACCUCAAAAUCAAUGUGAUCUUGAACUUCUAAUCCUGUUAUUUUACUUAACUCUCAUGUUAUCCAUCCAUUUCUUUUUCCAUAAUCACAACUUUUUAUUUCAUAGUUAUAACGUUUUUUUGCCUUUUCUCUACUAGUAGAGGUGUUUGUAUUUGUUUGGUUUUAACUUUUCUUUAUUUUCGUAAUUGACUUGCAUGUGUAUGAGGUCCGAGUAUGAAUCAAGGAAGAAGGUAUUAAUGCCUAAAUAUGAAU